AUGGGACGAAUAUCAAGCCCUCCUUCCGUCACCGCUGCUACGACCGAAACUGGUGCCACUGGUGGCGCGUCUGAAUCACCUGAAGAUGCGUCGACCAAUCCAUACAACGACAUUACCGAAAUAUUGGCCCAUCUUCAUGCGCACUUGGAGUCUACCGCAGCUGCUGCCAACGCAUCCGGUGCAGGGCAUGACACAGGUGACGAAGCAAGAGUGAACAUUUGCGAUGAAUGCCAGAAACCCUUUAGUCGCAAAAGCGAUUUGGCUCGACAUAAACGCAUUCACACGGGUGAGAGGCCAUUUCGGUGUCCGCAGCCAGGCUGCGGGAAAGCGUUCAUUCAGCGAUCCGCGCUCACUGUACAUUCACGAGUCCAUUCGGGAGAACGUCCACAUAACUGCGAGUAUCCCGGUUGCGACAAGACGUUUGGAGAUUCUUCGAGUCUUGCUCGUCAUCGCCGCACACACACAGGACGGCGACCUUAUCACUGCUCUGAGCCCGACUGUGAGAAGACAUUCACACGACGAACCACGCUUAAUAGGCACAUGCUGACGCAUAGACCUGGCUAUGUCCCUGAAUUGUGA